GACGAUUACGAUUAUGGUCGGUAACCCAUACAUGUCUAUGCGGUAACCUGCCGGCUGGUGGGGAAUGUUGUCUGCACAUCAUCGAUGUUGCAGCUAAGCGCAUGUAAUUGUGGAGGGAUGGUCCAUCUUGCUUUGUACAAUAUGUAAGCGACUCGCUAAAAUAAAAGAAACACAGAUGCAUUGCGUUCCUCAAAAAUGGGGACCCUACACGAAAUGGUGCAGGAGGCUGCUUCUGCUCACUGCAACAGAAUAGCUGUCACUUUUAACAAUGGCACGGAAACGGGGGUAUCGACGCUAACAUAUGAAGAGCUACUCUCUGCAAGCAACGGAUUAACAAACCUUUUUCGAUCCUCCAGUUUACAGAACGAACAUGUAAUUGGACUAUUCUGCUAUCCCGAUGUCAACCUCCCUCUUUGGGUACUGAGUAUUCUUCAGCUACCCUCAGCCUAUCUGCCACUCAACCCCGAAGUGCCAUCUGUACAGACAGUCAGAAUCCUUGACCGAUGUAAACUGACAUACUGUUGCAUUCAGAACGAACUCUUUCAGCAAUUUCAGACCGAUUUCUCUGGCCACCUCACUUUCGACAUCUGUGCAGAGUGGCCAACACAGAAUUUAACUCUAGUCAGGAUACAUGGAAGGCCGUCAACUGAGGACCAAAACAAUGGAAUGAAGGCAGAGAAGAAGGCGCAGGGGCAGGAAGUCCUCUCCAACAGUGUAAUCAAGACAUCAGCUUUAAUGACUGACUGCCAGAGGCAGCUGGCCUAUGCUCUGCACACAUCUGGCACAACAGGACAGCCUAAGAUUGUGAGAGUGCCGCACUGUUGUAUAGUGUCCAACAUCAGGCAUCUCAGGGCCCUUUUUGAAGUGACUGCUGAUGAUGUUGUUUUCCUGGCCUCUCCUUUGACCUUUGACCCUUCAGUUGUGGAAAUGUUCUUGGCCCUGACGUCUGGAGCUCAGCUGCUUAUCGUACCCACAGUCAUCAAGAGGAUGCCCAGCCGUCUAGCCCAAGCCCUGUUCACGCGCCACCGGACAACAAUCUUACAAGCCACGCCCACUCUUCUCGGGCGCUUUGGGAGGCGUGUCUUACAGCAGGAAGUACUCAGUGCUGGCUCCUCCCUGAGGGUUCUUGCUCUUGGAGGUGAGGCUUGUCCCUCCCCUGCCCUCCUGAGGAGCUGGAGGCAGGAGGGGAAUUGCACACGCAUCUUCAAUCUCUAUGGUACCACAGAGGUGUCCUGCUGGGCAACCUACCAUAGACUCUCAGAGAUGGACCCUGCCCACUUGACUACGGACUCUGUGCCUCUUGGUGAACCCUUAAUGGACACUGUGGUAGAGGUCAGGGAUGAUAAAGGACAACUGGUCACUGAAGGGGAGGGACAGGUGUUCAUUGGUGGGCAAGACAGAGUGUGUCUUCUGGACGAUGAAGAGAGCCCUGUUCCAGGAACCAUGCGUGCUACAGGGGAUUGGGUGACGAUACGAGAUGCUCAGCUCUUCUACCUUGGCAGGAAGGACCGUCUAGUCAAACGCCACGGCCAGCAGCUUCACCUCGAUGCUGUGCAGCAGGUGGUGGAGAGUUUGACUGAAGUUGAAGCCUGUGCUGUGAGAUUUUGCGAGGGAAACAAACUAGUUGCCUUCAUUGUGCCAUCUCCUUCACGCACAGAGGCACUGUCAACGGCCUCCAGCGCUCACCAGGGAGAUCAGGACCUCAGCAAACCCAAUAAAGAUCCUGUGUCCUCCUCUCCUUCCACAUCCAUAAAUCAUGGAAACCCUGCAGUGUCUUCUGACGAUCACCAAAGGGAAUCUGGCGGUGAUGGUGCCAUUGCUCCAGCAGGCCUGCAGAGAAGCAUCCAGCGCAGGUUGUCUGACCUUCUGCCUGGUCACGCCAUCCCAGACUCUCUGGUGUUCAUCCCAACCUUGCCACUCACCUCACACGGUAAGGUGGCCCUUGGGGAGCUGAAGAUGAUGUAUGAGAGGCACAGAGAGCGUUUAAGAACCCAGAAGAAUAAACUGUCACCAGACACACUGAGGAAAAGAUUGCAGAUACUCUGGAAGGAGACGCUUGGUCUGUCUGAAGAUGUGCCGGUGGGGGCGGAAUCCAACUUCCUGCUGAGCGGAGGAGAUUCUCUCCAGGCUCUGCGCUUUUGUGACAGCAUUUCCGUUGUCACAGGGAUAAGCUCAGCAGGGCUACUGGAGGUUGUACUGGAUGGCUCUUACUCAGACAUUUUAAGCCAUGUCACUAUGGCAACAUUCCCCGAAGAGCUUGAUUUAGACACUCAUGUUGCAUCCAAGAGACAGUAUUCAGAUUCCAACUCUCCUAUUCCUCCCAAGAGACAGAUUGAUCCAUUCAUGGCUGUGACAUCAAUUAGGCCUGUAGGAGUUGCACUAGCCUCUGACACAAGGAUUGUGGGAUAUGUAGUACGGCGAGCAGGAGAGGUUGUCAAGAUUGGUCAUACACAUGCAAGUGAGAACAUAAGUACCACUGAGAAGACUACAAAAAGCAAUUGGAUGAAUACCAGUCCAUCAAAUGAAUGUGUGAUACAACAGAUAGAAUCAGCAAAAACAGCCCUCACUACACCUGUAGAUAAGAAUGAUGAGAACGAAAAGCCUCCUCACAUGUCAGGGCCCCCAAAGAACUCAAGUGAUUCUGUCCCUUGUGCAGCCUCAGCUUUACAAACAGGCACCUCCAAGGACAGCCUGUCCCUGAGAGUGCGUUGGAGCUCUGACACAGGCAGGUGUGUGGACGCCUCUCCGGUCCUGCUGGUGGAGUCCGUCUCCGGCGCGGCUACAGUCUUCAUCGGGUCCCACUCCCACAGGAUGCAGGCGCUAGACCUGGGCAGCGGAGAGCUGCGCUGGGAGCGGGUGCUCGGGGAGAGGCUGGAGUCCUCAGCUGCCAUCUCUGCCUGUGGGACUCUGGUCGUGGUGGGUUGUUAUGACGGACAGGUGUAUUUCUUGCGGGUUGACUCGGGAGAGACCUGGUGGACCUUUGAGACAAAGGAUGCUGUAAAGAGCAGUCCUGCUGUAGAUCCUGUCACUGGCCUGGUGAUAGUGGGCUCACAUGAUGGUCAUGUGUAUGCCUUAAACCCAGAGUUGAAGAGUUGUGUGUGGAAGCACCAUUGCGGUGGGGGUGGAGUGUUCUCCUCUCCCUGCCUCCACCCCACUCUUAGGUUGCUCUUUGCGGCUACGCUACAGGGUCGCCUACUGUGUCUUAGUUCAGCUACUGGCGCCCCUGUGUGGACGCACUCUGGAGAAGUUCCAUUCUUUUCCUCCCCCUGCUGUUCCAGCAGCUGUGUCUUCAUUGGUUCAGUGGACAGAAACAUCUCUGGCUUCAGCCAUAUGGGUGAAAUGCUAUGGCAGUUCACCACCAAUGGCCCAGUGUUCUCAUCACCCUGUGUUGUGUCAGCACCUCCAGCAUCCAAUCAGCGGCUGGUAUGUGGGUCACAUGACGGCUGUGUGUACAGCCUGAGCUGCACAGAUGGCUCGCUGCUGUGGAAGUUUCAGACCGCAGGGAAGCUGUACUCCAGCCCCUUCGCCUUUCACAGACUCCCAGGAGGACGGCAGACAUUGGUGGCCGUCGCCUCGACAGAUGGGACAGUCUGGGUCCUAAACGGAGAGGAUGGGACUGUGUGUGCUUCUCUGUCUCUACCUGGAGAGCUCUUCUCCUCCCCAGUUGUAUGGGAACAGACCCUUGUGUUAGGGUGUCGCAAUGACUAUGUGUACUGUUUGGAGCUGACACAGGACCCUGUAAUGAAGUCCGCAUAGUAGUAUUCAUUGAUUCAAGUGUUGACAACAUGCUUUUAUAUAUUUUUUAUAUUGAGUGUAAAAUAAAAAUGAAUAGCUAUG